AUGCUUGAAAGAUGUCAACAUUAUCCGGGCUCCAUGAAUCAUUCUGCUAAAUUAAUUCGAAAUACCUGUGAAUUAUCGGUGAAAAUUAUGCUUCAACUAAUUUCUUGGAGUAAAAAUCGUCCGAAAAUAACGAAUGAGAAUCAUAGUUUCAUUGAAAAUAUGCCAAAUGAAUUAUUAGUAAAAAUUUUCCAAUAUUGUGAUGAUACUGAUUUUGCAAAUUUGCGUUUGCAGUGCACUCGGUUCGAUCAGUUAAUAACAACAUGCGGCGUUUUGCUAACAAAACGUUACCGUCAACGUCUAGUGACGUGUUUGACAAUAACGUAUAAUACAAGCAAUGACGCAUUUGUACUGGCAACAUUCAAGAAAAGCCAUUCAAAUAGGAAAAAUUCAAUUGAAAUCUCACGUACAGAUGUCUUACGUGGAUGUUAUCAUAAUCUCAGGUAUUGCUUUCGUCGAUUCCGCGUUCUAGGCUUGCAAUUUUCCAAUCUUUUUCUCUGUUCACGUACAUUACGUUAUUUCUGUGACUUACUAUCCUGUUGUUCGGCUUUAGAACCCAAAACACUUCGGUUAUGUGAUUGUUAUGUAGCUGAUCUACAGCAUGAUGCGCUAAUGCGUUUGAUGAAUUUAUGUUCUAAAUAUCUUAUUGUCCUAUCUUUUAUAGUAAGUUAG